CAGGAGUCUCUGGGUUGCAAGUGGAGUGAGCUUCCGAUGGUAGUGCCUUCUGUAGACCAUCAAGGCUUCUUCUCGCACUCCGGACUCUUCGGAUUUUCGCCAGACAUGAACUCCCGUGUGGACAUUCGCAAGGUCAACAACAACGUAGAAACGCGCUGCAAUGUCAUUGUUGAGGGAACGGACCAGCUUCCCUGGUUUUUCGCGAAGUUUGCUGGAAAAACUUUGCAGGAAGGGGUGCAAGCGUCCUCUACUAGCACUAGUGGAGGUGGCGGUUCGUCAGCAACGUCAGCAUCAGAUCAGGUAAAUUGUGAGUUCGAACUUGGUGCCAACGGACCCUAUAGGAGGUGCGAAUUGAUAGACUUGCUGUUGCAGCAGGACAACAAACUGCCAUCGGGUGGAAGCAUAACUCGAUUAGAGUUUCAGCCUCCCGCACAAGUGUAUCGAUGGAACAGUGGAGUUGAGUGCAUUCCGAUUCGUUUUGACCUACGCUGUUGGUCGUUAGCCGCUGAUACUGGUAGUAGUGCUUCUGCCGGAGCGGGUUUGCCCGGUCUCGCACUGGUUGGAGCAGGGACAAAAAAAACUUUCAGUACUAGUUUAUUUGUUAAUCCUGUUGUCCCAAACAGCCAUCUGCACACGUACUUGGACGGAACUUCUCAAUUUUGCAACGCGUACACGGGUGGCGCCGUUAGUCAAGCGCGUGCACUGCUGGACAAUGUUGACGAGGACAUUGUUGGACAGGGCAUGAACGUGCUGCAGUUCGACAGGGGUAAUGGCGCUCCCAGAGAGACGGGGGUAGGUGAUGAACCCAGCUCGUCAAGUAGUAGCUCAUCUGGGGGAGUCCCGAAUCCUAACGCAGGAGCCAACAAGAGUAGUGAGCCCCACACACUGCGAGGUUAUUAUUUUUGGGACAUUGCGCAUCUAGCCGACGACGCAUUUUUUCGUAAAAGCGGUCUCCGCAAUCGCGUCAAGGACCUGAAGCAGUUGAGCUGGAUGAGUUUGCACUACGUGAAUUGGGAACUCGCGACUGGUGUUACCAUCUUGCGCGCAAAGAUCGAGAGUCUAGUGCCGGGUGUGCACUACCGACUCGCCUUGCUGCGUGGCAAAGACAUGCCGUGGAGCGAGAAUCACGUCGACGGAAUCUCGGGAACUAUCGUGGAGCACGGUCAGCUUCUCCACCGAACAGUGAGCUCGUUUCCGGGAACGCAGAAUUCGGACAGUGACAAUUUUGCAACUUUGCACAUUCUCGUGCAUGUGGGUCAGGCCAGCCGUGUCGUUUUCGCAAAAGACGUUUCGCAGACAUCCACUCUUUCGAGACCGAGCACAAGCAGAAUACAAGAUGAGCUUUUUGGCG